UUCGCAUAUGACGUAGGUCUUACGUCGCAGUAUUUAAACUCAAGGAGCACAUGACUCUCUCUUUUUCCGCUGUGUGUCGUGUUAGCAGCAGUUUUAUCUUGGUCCAUACCUCUCAUCUUAUUCCAGCAAAAUGAAAAUUUACAGGGAUUCUAUUUCUGGCGAUGAGAUGUUUUCCGAUAUAUACAAGGUGAAGCUGACGCACAACGGCAUGUUAUAUGAAGUAGAAGGCAAGACUGUCAGCAGAACUGAAAAUAGUAUUGAUAACGCUCUUAUUGGUGGAAAUCCCUCUGAAGAAGGCGGAUGUGAUGAAGGAUUGGAGAGUACCACUGUCUCUGGUGUUGAUCUUGUACUAAACCACAAAUUGCAGGAGGUUUCCUUCUCAAAAGAAAGUUUCAAAAAUUAUAUCAAGGGUUUUGUAAAACAAGUAAAAUGCAAGCUUGAAGAGACAGAUAAAGACAGAGCCAAAGCAUUCACCGAGCAGGCUCCAGCAGUUGUAAAGCACCUUUUGUCCAGCUUCAAUGAUUUGCAGUUUUUCACAGGGGAGUCAUAUAAUCUAGACGGCAUGGUGGCUUACCUAAACUAUCGUGAAGAUGGUAUUACUCCAUUCAUGUUGUUCUUUAAAGAUGGUCUAAUUGAGGAGAAAUGUUGAAGUAACAGUGUUGGCCGUGAUUUGUUUGCUGCUUUCCAUCAAUGAAGAGAUUCUGACAGUGGGACUGUUGCUGUAUGAAUUACAGCAUGGAGAGUUUUGCAUUAACUUCAAAAUAAAUGCAUUUGAACUUCAGUUUCGAUUUCAGCACAUAGUAAUUGCUUCAGAUGUCUGACUCUUCUGCUUUUCAAGUGGCUGUAGCAUCAGUCUCCUAUGAAUGUAGAGGAAAUGGAUGGAAUUUUUUGCGAUGAAGUUCUAGUUGCCAAGACUGCACUGAGGUUGUAACUAAAGCAAUAUUCCCAGUAUUGCAAUGUGGGCUUUAAUUGGAAUUCAUCAGAAUUUAGUGGUUCACAACCAGUGUUAAAAAGCACGAACCCUGUCUUAUCGAUACUCAACAGGGUUCCAUUGCUUCUAAUUUAUCCUGUUGCUGCUUUUCCCAAAAAUGUUGGGUUGCUUAAAUAAAAUGGGAAGUAUUUUUGGUUCA